UCCCUCCCUUUCUCCCCUCUUCCUCUUUCUCACGAGUAACCUCAAGCCUCAAGUUCCUCAGCUUCGCCAGUGCAUUCUAAAACCACACACCACGGUGUCUUUGUGUUUCUCGUUAUAGUCGCUCGUAACACUUGAGCCGAUCGGGGUUCUGUGAGCAUCCAGGUGAAAUUUCGCUCCCACCGCACUUGCCGAGCGCGCUUUCUAAAACGUGACUCACACCGUCGCGUCGGUGAGAGAAUAAAAUGCACCGAUGAUCCUCCGUGCAUACGAAUGUGUUGGUAAAUAUUAGAAAAAGAGGCCAUACUUUAUUUGCAUUUUUAGCUGUGUCUGUAAACUGUGUGUAAGCUUAUGGGAGAAAAGUGCUGCUUGCAUUCGAUGGAGAGUAAAGCUUCUGCAAGUCUGCAAAUAUCAAAACAACGCGUACAGCGGACUGCGGAAUCGUGCGAAAACCUGGAUCGCUCGUCUCACCUGGAGCUUCGUACGACCUGCGUUAAUCUCUAGAUCUGUCACUCGAUUCAGAUACUACAAGUGAUAAUGAUGAUGGAAGAAUCUUUGGGCCAAGGCGCCUCGCCCUCCAGCGAUGGUAACCUCUCGACUGGUGGCGGUGAUCUCAACUCUUCCAGUACCAUAGUCAGCCUGGAUGAGAGAAUACUGGACAUCACGUCGCGACACACUUUGAACGUCCUCCGAACGCCGUUGACUAAAAAAGCCAAGCGCGUCCGCUUCUUCCGUAACGGCGACAAAUAUUACACCGGCGUGGUGAUGGCGGUGACACCGGAACGAUAUCGCAGCUUCGAUAGCCUCGCAUCCGACUUAACACGUGCCUUGGUGUCCAGCGUGACCCUGCCGAACGGUGUUCGCGCCAUUUAUACGAUGGACGGUCGCAAGGUGCAGAGCGUGAGUGACCUAGAAGACGGCAAGUGCUACGUGGUGUCUGGUCAAGGUGAGAUCUUCAAAAAGGUGGAGUACUCUUCGUCCAAGGUCAGGCGCGGUAGCUCCCUAUCGGGAUUGCCGCAGUCUCCGGCAGCUACUGGAAUUGGUAGCGGUACAGGCAGACAAACUAGCGCGAUUCCAUUGUGCGUCAAGGCGCGCAUAGUGACGCUGAUUCGCCAUGGCACCAAGCCGCGCAAGGUUCUACGGCUGUUGCUGAACAAACGCAACGCGCCUAGUCUCGAGCACGCGAUGGAGGCGAUCACGGAAGCGGUGAAGCUCGAUUCCGGAGCGGUGAGGAAGGUCUACACGUUGUCUGGCCAGCAGGUGACCUCGCUCGAGCAAUUCUUCGAGAACGAUGAUAUCUUUGUGGCAUAUGGCCCGGAGAAGUCCGCCCAGGAAGAUUUCGAACUGGACUUUGAGGAGACCAAGUGCGUGCAGAGCUUCCGACGAUGCCUUUGGAGCUCCAAGCGUCAAAGCGGCCCGAUGCCCAGAAUGCCGAGAAAGUCUGGCAAAAAGACCCUCACCACGCCACAAGUCAGGACCCCCAGUCCGUCGUUUUCGAUAUUGCCGCAGCCCUUGAGGUUGCACUACGCCGUGGGACACAUUAUCGGCGAAGGGAACUUUGCCGUUGUUAGGCAUUGCAUCCACAAGUCUACCGGUGUGGAAUACGCCGUAAAAAUCGUGGACAUGUACAGGUGUCAGGGCAAGGAGAUGCUGGCGAGCGAAGUGGCGAUCUUGAGACAAGUCUGCCAUCCGAACAUCAUUAGUUUGAUCGCGGAGCAGGAGACUGCUAAUCAGCUGUUUUUAGUUAUGGAACUUGUAAAGGGCGGAGAUUUGUUCGACGCGAUUGCAGCCGCGACAAAAUUCUCCGAAGCGGAGGCCAGUGUGAUGAUCGGCCAUUUGACGUCCGCCCUAGCUUAUCUGCACUCGCAUCAUAUUGUACAUCGUGACGUGAAACCCGAGAACCUCCUGGUUGAGAUGGAUGGUAGUCACGUGAGGUGCUUGAAACUGGGCGAUUUCGGGCUCGCGCAGGUAGUACGAGAGCCUCUGUACACAGUCUGCGGUACGCCGACUUACGUUGCCCCGGAAAUUCUCGCGGAAACCGGAUACGGUUUAAAGAUCGACGUAUGGGCGGCUGGAGUGAUCCUGUAUAUCCUCUUAUGCGGCUUCCCGCCGUUCGUAUCGCCGGAGAACGAACAGGAGGAACUGUUCGAACGUAUUCUGAGCGGACAGUACGAGUUCACAUCGCCGUAUUGGGACGCGAUAUCCGACUCCGCGAAGCAGCUCAUCUCAAACAUGCUGCAAGCGCAGCCUGAGCUUCGCUUCACUGCCGAAGACGUGCUGGAUCAUCCGUGGCUCGCGCAGAGCUUUCUAGGAGGCGAGCAGACCGCAGCAUCAGCAGCAUCCACCGGCACGGCGGAGCAACACCGGAAUCAGCAGCGUAAGCCGAUAAGGCUAGCAACCUUCGAGUUCGAUUUCAAGAAGCAGCGCGAUCACCAGCAGGACUCGCCAGACAGGGAGACUGCCAGGACGAGCGCGAGAUCCGAAUGGAAGCGAAUCGAUGCUCCGGUUGAACGUAUCGAGUUCCGGAAAGAAUCGAUGAAAGGGCGAGAAGACUGCGACGAAAUCGACUUUGCCAAUGGUAAUCGCAAGCAAGAGGAAGAGAUCGGCAAUAACGACAACAACGACGACGAUGGUGAAAACGAUGACGACGAUGACGACGACGACGACGACGACGACGACGACGACGACGACGACGACGACGACGACGACGGCGAUGAUGAUGGCGAUUCGGCAUUUCUCGAUUCUGACUGUCCGCAGGACGUACAUAAUCUCAGCCGUUCGAUGCACGAUCUGAUAAACAAUCUGAAUCUGAACGAGAAUAAGACGUCGCGAUGCCAGUUGACACCACGUAGUGCCGCGUCGUCACUCAAUAGCAUUCCGGAGAAUCUCAACUCGUCGCUGCGAGACGACGAUUCGAAGCCGGCGACGAUCACACGCAACCAUCACAGCAAGUCGUCGAUUCGCUGCGCCGGGAAUUCUCCGGCAACUCCCAGAAACUGUCGCGGCGACAAAAAGAACGGAAACACAUCCAAGACAGCCAAGUAUUUCGACGUUAACAUUCACCACCAUGAGACACCUAAACUGUUGUCCAAACGCAUCCUCAACAGCAGCAGCGGCAACAAGAGAUUUAAGCGGAAAAAUCUGUUCGACAGCGACGACUUCCGCAACAGCAAUGUAUCGACUACUGCCGUGUCGACAUCCAGCGAGAGCAGUCUGUCUCACAGUUCGACCGGCGGUAACGACAUCGAGACUUCCGACAGCUUCGUGAAUAUUCAGUUUGCGCGACUGGCGCGCGAUCAAAAAUCGAGCUCGACUCAGAGCAUGGAGUCGACUGACAGCUUCGAGAACGUGAGCUUCCGAUACGCGGCGGGCGAUGCUAACGAUAACGGUCGCCUCUCGGUGAGUCAUUCUCCGCAGAUUCCUUCGAAACUUACGGCACAUCGCAAUCACCGGGAUGAAAAGUCUGUCACAAAGUCUCUGCCGCAGACUCGAAUCGCCUCUCUCAUCCCGACGUCAAAAUCAGCCAAGGUGGACAAUCAAGCCGAAGGGAAAACUUGUGGCAAUUCGAGAGUUCAGGAAAUGAAUAGAUGUGCGAGAUCAAACGAACCGGUCAAAUUGCGACACGAGAGAUACAUUGGGAGAAAAGGUCAAACAGACUCGAGGAACGCGGACAAGAAUAAGAGAUACAGCUGUUUUUCGCCGUACGCCGUCAAAAAGUCGUCGGCAGAGGAGACGGUUAGCAACAGCAAGGUGGUAACGCGCAAGUUUAACUCUACGGACGAGCUGAGAGAAGCCGCCGAGCGGCAGAGACCGACAGCGAGUAAAGCGAAGCGAUUCAGUCUAUAUUAUACGCCGCAACCGUCGAGGAAGAACUAUCUUGAAGGAGAAACCAGAGCCGGGAGGAUCACAUGCAAAUCGGCGGCUCGCGCCAGCAGGUCGACGGAAAUUAGUAAGAGCAAGGACGAAGAGGCAGAGAAAACGACGCAGGAGAAAGCAGAUAAGAGCCGGAAGUCAGUGGUGGACACCUCGACUGUUGCCAGCAGAUGCAAGUCGAGCCGCCAAAACGUUCACGUACGGCCGAGUGUGGUGAACGCGAGUUUAAUCACGAGCAGGACAAAGUGAUGACACGAUCAACAGUUAAGGGGUUUAUCGUACUUUGAGACAGGACUGUGCCGAGGAGGUUUAAUCACUACUGGACAGGACUGGGUCGCCGGGCAAGAGCGAGUCCAGAGCCCAAGAGUGCAAUUAAACGCUUAAUACGACCGGAAAGGCAAGCCUCGCAUUCGUUCUAGCCACCUGCUCCUUCGUCAUUCUGUACGCGCGCGCUUCAGAAAUGUGUCACGUUGCAUGGAAUUUUGUAUAGAUUACACGUGGAAAUACAUGGGGGGGAACUAUGGUAAGAAAUUAAAGGAAAACUAUGCUAAUGUAACGCGCGAGAGGAAAGAAAGGAGGCUGAAGUCUGGUGAAGUCUACUUCAUACUUGGGAGCUCUACCUAUCAAACUUGUUUAAAUUUCUUUAAAUUCUCAAGUUCUGUCUUCGAUUCCCCGAAAUUUAUUGCAAAAUGACGUAGAUUGCUAGAGAACACGCGCGGGAUCAACGAGACAGUGAAAGAAAGACCUCUCUUUUAACUCGCGUGUAUUUUCAUAGAAUUCCUGUCGCUGCUGCUCCUGCUGUCGAAGCUGAAUAGCCGAGGAAGACCAAAGACGGUUGUUAGUCGCAGAAUUUUAACACGAUAAUAAUAAUAAUAAUAAUAAUAAUAAUACCAGGUUAAAAUACGAGGUUAAAAGUCAUGCGUAAAUUGUACUUUCCAGUAUUAAUUUCCAGAGUUAAUCGGAAGGGUCUUUUAGCAUUUAAUCCCGAUUGCAAUUCGUCCUUUUCUAGAGAGACAGAUGCUAGUUUAGAAUUAGAUUAAUAAGAGUAUAAAGAAUUAGUAAUCGCGUUUAGCGUUAAGUGACGUUGAUGUAACCGGUCCUGAAUCGUCCUGAAGUGUCAUGACGGCACUGUAAAGAGUAAGUCGAACAUGCGUGAUAAUGAACGAGAUUCGAACAAUUGGGCGAACUUUGAAAUAAGAACAAAACAUGCCAAAUGCAUUUAAGUAGGUUAUUUUGUAUCAAAUGUCUACGUAAAUCUAGAUGUAGAUGAAGCGCGAGUAGGUGAGAGAGAGAGAGAGAGAGAGAGAGAGAGAGAAAGAGAGAGCGCAUUCGAUCGAUCCUUUCGGCUCUCUGACGCAAAACAAGUUUUAACGGAACAUAUGUUGAUGAUGUACAAAAACAAUCCAAAAGCUCAUUUUUAAAUUAUCUCAAAUCUGUAUUUAAGAAAGCUAGUAUUCUGAUUCAACGAUAUAAUGUGCGUCUGCUUGGAUUUAGUUGUGAAAAAGUUUGUUGUAAUACAUAUACUUUCAUAUUACACACACACACACACACACACACACAGACAGCACAACAUAAAUACCUUAUAUUUCUUGUUAAAUAUGAUUUAUUAAGACGAUUUGGAAAUGAGCUAACAAAUAUUAUAUGGUAGAUUUUUAGGGCUUAUUACAGUUAAUACGAAAGAAAUUUGUUAUAGGUACGAGUAGAUUUUGCAAUUUUAGACCAAAAUAUUGCGAUUUAGACCAAACAUUUCUUCGGAGAAUAGUAUGUAGGACACCGAAAGAUUUAAGGUAAUAAAUAAGAAGGUUAAACUUGAUUUGCGAGAAGGUGCGAGCGAGAUUAACGAUUGGCGAUUGGCGAUUGGCGAUUAGUAACCAGCGAUUAGCGAUUAACGAUUGAAAACUUAUCGAGAACAUGAGAACAAAGGGCGAGAAAUCGUAUAAUUCUGAGGUGUCCGAGAUAAGCGUAGUGCAUAACUAAAUUUGCUCAAGAACAGACAGGGGAGGAAACGAUUAUUUUUAUAGGGACGUCGUACCGAAUCACGAAAUCGUGAUACAAGCAAUAAGAAACGACGAAUGUAGAAAUUGACGGAAAGAGCACGCACUACGCGUAGAAAGAAAAACAGAGAACGAGGAAGAAGGGAGGAGGAGGAGGGGGGAGAGAGAGAGAGAGAGAGAGAGAGAGAGACAGAUGACUAUUAUUAAAAUUAUUUUUAUAGAUGUUUGUAAAAGAUGAAGGCAAGAACUGAGAAAGCAAGAGUGUGAAUUUUGUCAAGUCGCAGAAAAUGCAAUCAUAAUCGUGCAAUUGAAAUUUAGGUAAAAGAUGCAUACAAUGUAUCAAUUAUAGAAGUGCAGUGAUUUAUUUAUAAUUAGUGAAAGUGUACAUUCUUCUUCAUUUUUACAUAUCUCCAAACCAAGAAAAAUAAUGGUGAACAUACCAUGUGUGACAUUCGUCAAGAUAUUUUUAUCUCAAUAUAUUAUGUUCAAUUCCUAUAUUUAAGCCAGUCUUUUAAUUCUUUCUGUCAGAGUUAAAAAAAUAAUAUGAUGUAUAAAUAUAUAAAUUAAAAUUUGAAUGUAGAACGUUAAAUAUUAUAAAUGAUAGAGAACAGUUUGAUGACAUAGAUGUAUUAAUAGAUGAAAUUUUGGUAAAUUUUGUAAAUUCUCUUAGUUGGUUCUCUUGACUCGACUGUAUCAAUGCAGAAUAUUAAGAGGGUAGUAUGUCGCGCCCUUUGUUGCUCAGUCUUCGCUAAUUUAUAGCCAUUCUUGCUGCGGCAGUGCUUUUCGACAAUUUUUGUAACACGAUCAUGUAUGAUAUAUGUCGACAAAUCGUGUACAUAAUCCUAAUGACAUAAAGCUCGAUUACUCGAAGUAAAACGAUACAAAUGGCAUUGUUACUGUGAUUCUUUCGCUCGUAUGUUUGUUUAUUUGUUCGUUUAUAUGUAUCGCGGAAUUCCGAUUUUUAGAAUUUAUUCGCGAAUUUAUACCAAUAUGCUAAAUAAUGUAAUAAGUAUUUUUUGUUCUUGUUUAUGUUCACUGUUGUCUUAUGUCCUUAAUGUAACGUACAAGUACAUCGAUUCGCGCGAUUACGAUAGGUUUCAAACGUGAUUCACGCCAAAUAUUAAGAUGCAUUCAUUAGAUAUUUAUAUCACAUUAUAUCAUAUUAUAUAUAUACACACACACACACACACACGCAUACGCGCGCACAUACACAUACACACUCAUACACCAAUUAAUCAUAACCAAUGCGUGAAACGUAUUUGGAGCGAACGCGUGAUAUAAUAUUUAAAUGUACAAUUGUCGAUAUCUUUCUACUUAUGUUUGUGCGAGGGAGGGGAGGGAGAGGGUUGUUCGAUAUUAUAAUUUACAAUAGGAAUUUAAUGUUUGAGCUUUUCGAAAUUUUUCGAUUCACUGGAAUAGUCGACAUGAAACAUUUUUGCCGACAGUAAUGCAAAAGAAAUCAAUCACAGAUUGAUAAAUUACAAAUGUGCGUCAGUCGCACAAUCGAUCGUAUCAAUUCGCGUGAGCAUCAAAGUUUUUACUUUAUUAUAUUUAUUAUUAUUAAGAGGCAUACAUUGUCAUAAGAAGUGCACCUGCAAAUACUUAUAUUUAAUAUACUGCCACACGAAGCUUAUUAUACUUAUAUUGGGAAAUAUAAUUGCUAAAUUUCAAGCC